CACAAGUGUAAAUCAACUUGCUGAUUGUUGUUCGAAGAUAAUAAAUAAAAUAUCUGUUAGUAUUCACGCAGUAUCGCACUAUAGACAACGUUAGUGCCCGCCAUUCUAAAUACAAAUCGGUGAUAUUCAAUUAAAAUUAGGCGUAGACAAUGUCCUACGUGAGGCCCUCCAAUGUCCCGCUGGGACAAAUAUGGAGUCGCUUCAAAGGGAUAGAGAAAGACGGAAAGCCACCAAAAAUGUACCAGAUACGAGAUAUGGAAGAGAAAUGGCGAACACAAUGCCUAGAUUUCAUGCAGGAGGUGUUCCUGAGAGACGAGCCUCUGUCUAAAGCUUUAGAUGUAAAAUCCGAUCCAUUAUCAAUAAAAACGAUCAGAAAAAACUGGGAGAUGUUUCUGGACCAAAAGGUGAGCCUGGCCUGCUUCAUGGAGGACGAGGAUGGCAACCCUGACGAGCUGGUCGGAUUUAAUAUCAUCAUCAUCAGAACGAUAGACGAGCCAGACUCCGAGUUUAAACACGAAGAGGGCGAGUCCUGGAACAAGCUGAUGAGGACGCUUGUGGAAGCUGAGAACCUGGUCAACGUGUUUACAUACUAUGAUGUAAAUUCGUACCUGUCUUCAAGCGGCCUGACGGUGCUGCCCGGACACAGAGGACAAAAUAUAGGCGCUAGGAUGUUCGCUGCCAGGGAGCCCCUGUGCAGGGCUUUAGGCGUGAAAGCGUCGUGUACCGUGUACACGGCGACCGCGUCGCAAGUUUUAGCAGCCAAGUGUGGGUACGAGGUGCUGGCGACACUCCACUACAAGGAUAUGAUGAAGUACGGAAUCGACCUGAGCACGUCGGAGUGUCCCCGCGCCGAAGUCAUGGGAAUCAAGUUUGAUUUUUAAAACAAUUCCAAAGGUAGUCAUUGCACUGCAUUCUGUGAUAUCCACGGUGCUGUUCAUGUACAAAGUGUCAGUUAGCCCAUUCUGACGAUAUCGACUAGAAUUAACCACGAUGGUUUCCAGGGGGAACCUGGAACGUGGAGGUCGAUCUGACAGGCUAGUUAUGAGGCUAUUUGACCCCAUUACUAACAAUCCCUUACCCGCCAGACUUUGAUGUUAGAAGCGCCGACAGAUUGAGGUAACGGCGCGUUGAUAUCCUUCUUCCGAGAUGAAGGAGGUAUAAGAUGAGGCGGGUCGUAUGAUGGAUCGCCAUUUCAUGUUGCAUGUUUCUACCACAGCGUUGUUAAUAUAUGUUUAUAGUUUUAGAACCUAAGAACGCCAUCGUUAGCUGUAACUAGAACUUAUUUGUAAAUAAAUAGAUAAUAUUUUCUUAUGAAGUAUGCAAUUUUUAAUGUAUUAAUAAAAAUAUAUUUUAAUAUUAA